AUGACUAUCAUAGCAAGACCUUUUGAAAGAAUUGCAUUGGACAUUGUGGGUUCCUUCCCAAGAAGUAAUGCAGGCUAUCAGUAUGUACCGGUAAUAUUAAACUAUGCCACAAGGUUCCCAGAAGCUAUCCCGCUGAAGACUAUUACAGCCUGCAAAGUAGCAGAGGAAUUGUUUGUUGAUAUAUGUUACACCUCAACUGUUGUCCCUAAGAUGCUGGUGAAUUUACUAGCAAAGCAUAAAACUAGUUCUGUCAAUGCUUGCUUCACUCAGAUGUUCUUUCUCCUUUUAUCAGGUACUUGUGAACUAGUUAUACUGUCAGUAAUGGCUUAUGACCAUUAUGCUGCCAUCUGUAACCCCCUGCAUUAUGGAGGAACUAUGAACAAAAAAGUGUGCAGGCAGCUAGUGGGUGUUUCAUGGACAAUAAGUCUCAUGCAUUCACUGGUUAACACAGUUCCUGUAUUAAAGUUGCAGUUCUGUGGGCCCAGUGAAAUUGGGCAUUUUAGCUAUGAGCUUCCCUCAUUAAUAAAACUGUCUUGCACUGGGACAAUCAUGAGCAAUGUAGCUCUUUUUUCAUCUGCUGUGAUCAUUGGUGCUGGCUCUUUUAUUCUUAUGUUAAUGUCCUAUGUCCAUAUCAUCUCCACUAUCUUUAGUAUGUGCUCUUCAGAGGGGAGAUGUAAAGCCUUCUCCACCUGCAGCUCCCAUCUAAUUGUGGUGGGUUUAUUGUAUGGAACAGUUGUUUUUCAGUACUUAAAACCCAGAUCCUUUUCUUCAGUUAUCCUAGAUCAAGUUGUUUCUAUCCAAUACAGCAUCUUAACUCCCAUGUUAAACCCCAUCAUCUGUAGACUGAAAAAGAAAGCACCCAGCCCCCAUGCAACCUUGCUGAAACAGGAUGGGAACUGCUUUCACCUUCAGGACACUGAGGAAAAGUGA